AUGGAUGCUUCAGAAAUUCUUCGUAUCCUUGCCGCAGUGAAUGCGCGGGCGAUUCGUGCCGAGAAAGUUCAAGGAAAGCUCGACCAGGAGCUGACCACGACGCGGAAGGCUCUGACGCAAGUCACCGAAGAAUUGGACCAAGUGAGCAAGUUGGCCGAUCUUAUUUAUGAGGUCAGCCAGAGGAUGGGAGCUGUAACGGAUUACCUCCUGAAAGAAUACGGUAUUCAAGAAAAUCCACGAGGUUCGGAGUCAUUUGAGCACAUGCUCAACAGCGUGGUCGAGAAACUAGAGGCGCAGGAGCCCAAAAGGAACGCAGAGACGAUGGACGCCGACUCGAGGAGCAAUGGUUCGGGACCCGCAGAAAUGGGUAAUUAA